AUGGCGCCGCCGCCGGAAUUCGUCGAGGUGCGGUGCGCGGGGUGCGGCGAGACGCUGGAGGUGGAGCCGGGGCUCUCCGAGUUCGCUUGCCCCGACUGCGGGACUCAGCAGGCGCUCCCGCCGGAGCUCAUGCCCCCGCGCCCGCGCAGGGCGCUGCCCAUCCCAAGACGCCGACCCGCCGCCAUGGCGCCAGUGCCUGUGCCCGUACCCGUGCCCGUGCCUGUGCCGGAACCCGCGAGUUUGCCGUGCGGCGCCUGCUCCGCGCUGCUGAGCGUGCCGGCGGGCCUCGCGUGCUUCGCGUGCCCUCUUUGCAGUGUCGAGCUUACGGUCGACGGCGGGCGUCUCCGGGUAUACCUCGCCUCGCCACCCUACGCCACAGUCUCAGUCCUGGCGCCGCCCCCAGCCGGCAUUACUUUGAGGCCAUCCCCACACCGGCGUCUCGAGGGUCAAGUAGAAAAGUAUAAUCACCCGACUCGUUCAGUUCAUAGAGAGGAGGCCUUCAGUUCUUCCAGAACAGAAGCAAUCCACACCCUGUUGGCACAAAAAGAGCCCAGUAUCCAUUCAGCUCACAGAGAGGAGUCACGUAUUGAACCACUCAGUAAGACUAUUGCAAAGGCUAGCGAGAGGAAGACUAAAUUGCCUGCUUGUCUUGAAUCUACUGACGUGGUACGUCUAGAGCCUCCCGUACAUUCAAGCUCAGCCUCUCGGGCACAAGUUCGUCCUUCCAAUUAUUCAUUUCGUGCCCAAGAACAGCAACCUGUUGAGGACACUGCAAGUCAAGGAGAGCACAUAAAUGAAUAUCGAGCUGUAUCAAGUACCCUCCAGCAUGAAACAAUAGAGACCUCAAAUCAAGUCAACCGUGUUGAACAGGACCAAGGUGAGUAUCACAGCAAGGCAACUGGAUGGAAUCUGAAGAGGAAAAGGAGCGGUGGGACUGCCAGUGGUCAGAAGGGGAAAAAGAAGGGCUUGCCUUGUUAUCCAAAUGGAGGCCCCCAUCUUAGGCGUAGUGCACGUUUGUCAAAGCAGCCAGAAAAUCCUAUCAACAAUGAGCCUGCCCAGCAGCCAGCUGCUUCGAAUCAAUGUAAUUCGGAUUUAGAUCUAAACAUUGAUAAAAUCAUUUCCAAUUUGUGUCGCAGUCCAUCGCCUCAGCUUCAAAUGCCUCAAGCAAGCUCAAACCAGUCAGGCAGAGUUGAUGCAGCCACUGGACCACCUGUGUCAAAUCAUAAUGCAUCUCAAGAUAGGCAACUCCCACUCUGCUACAGUCAAUUGUACCCUCCAGAGGUCCCCGGUGAACACUGGCUUGAUAGAAGUGGUGACGAGCAGCCACAUUCACCAGAUGCCCGAUUUCAUGAUGUGCAUAUGCAAGGGCAAUGGCAACAGGAGGAUGCACAGAGGGGCCACUCCCUAUUAGAAUCUGUUGUGAAAUCAUCAGGGAAGCGUAGAGGACGUGGACAUCAACCUACAAGACUAACCCAACCACGAAGGGAAGUUGACAGGCCUGUCUUGACACCUAAUAUUAUUGACAAAUGGGAUGUCAAUCCACCUUGUCCUAAGGUGGCCUCUACCAUCACUGUUCUUUUGAAGCAGAAGUACCCUGGGUCUACCUAUCUGCCAGCUGGUCAGCGAAGAGAAGAUCCACCCAAUGGAGAAAUGGUUCUCCACUGGCAACAGUAUCCUCCAGAAACAAGGGAUAUUAUUUUGAAUGAAUUUCUUCAACGCUACAAGUGGGCCCCUGGCCGAGAAGCAGAGUGUCUGAAGGUAUUUGAACGUAGAGCAGCAAGGCAGUUUGCUUCUAUCCUAAGCCAAGAGAAGCGCAAUGUUAGAGCAAAGUUUACUGCAGUAGACAAAUCCAAUGAAACUUCAGGUGCACAUAGGUCCAACGGACAUGCAGAGUCAGAAGAGGAAGAUCAAGAAGAAGAAGAACCCAAGGACCAGCAGGCAUUAGAGAGAAGUGAUGACGAAGACCCCUUGCUGUGGAAACCUUUCCCCCCUGCAUGGAUGCUUCCGAAUUGGUGGGAAAGGUUAUGCGAGCACUGGGCCAACGAAGAAGUCUUAAAGAUGUCUUCCCAGAACAGGAAGAACCGAUUCACUAAAGGUCGUGCUCAUCACACGUCGGGUUCACGGAGCAUUGCCAUGCACAGGCAGCUUAUGGUUAUAGAAAAUGGUGGGAUGCCAGUGUCAGAACUAGAGGUAUUCAACAAGACCCAUAGGCGUAAAGGUGGCACAGGGGAAUUUGUCAGUGAGAGAGCAAAGCGAACUGUGGAGGGCUUCACGAAACGUAUGGAGGAGGCUGGCGAUAAGAAAAUAGACCCCCACGUUGCAUGGGUGCAGCAAGUAGGGGGACGGAACCGUGGAAGGUACUAUGGGCUCACUGGUAUCAUUGACAAGGACAAGGUUGAUGAAGUAGCAAAGUCCAUGCCAGAUUGUUUUGGUAAAAAUGGGCAACGACAGAAAUUCACACAGGAGCAGGUGCAGCAGAUGAUUAAUCAGGCCUUGCAGGGGUUAAAUGAAACCUGGGAGCAGAAGUUUAAGUCCUUGGAGCAAAGUGUGCGUGGUGUGCCACUGUUAGGUAGUGAUCCCAAGCAUGCUCCUGGAUCUUCUGCAGCUAGAGAGGGAGGCCAGGAGGAUCAGUUAAGACAUCUGAACAAAAUUUUGGUACCAAAAUUUCUGCAGUAG